AUGAAGUUCGGCAAGCGUGUGCGCAGCUUGGCUUCCCCGGAGUGGGCUACGGACUACGUGGACUACAAGACGCUAAAACGCGAGAUCAAACUGGCAUUAUCCACAGAAAACCAAACGCUUGACCAGCGAGUGACGUGGUUCCAGACAAUUCUAGAGUCUGAGAUGCAAAAACUCAAUGUUGCCCACGCGCGGAUCCUCGACGAACUGAUCAUCAGCGGUCUCAAGCCGUUGCAACAGGCGCUGGGGACGCGAUGGGUGUUGCCGCCUGCCACCGCUCGGUCGCUGUUGCUGGAAGUUCUCCAGCUGUCGAACCAAGUCGACGCUUUCCGUCGCUUCGUGGUGCUCAACAGCCUUGCACUCGUUAAGAUCGCCAAGAAGUUCGAUAAGGCUGCGAAUGCUGGUCUCCAGGAGACGGAAAACGACGAGGAUAGCGAUGAAAUCUCCACAACUACCGCUCGUCUAAAGGCUCAAGUAUUGGAAGAUCUCAAGUGCCAGUCGUUCUACGAUGGGUCCGAGUUGGAUUCACUAUGCGAUGAGACAGUGGCACUUACAGACCGAGUGAUGCUGUGUGUGCUGCCCGACGGCAACUUUCGUCUUGGACCACGUGCGUUGACGUGUCCUAUCUGUCUGUGUGCUGACGUCCAAGCGCCCAUUACGCUGUCCUGUGCCCACACGUUUUGCUGGUCGUGUCUGUCUCGAGCAGCUCAGCAUCGCUUCCGUUCGUGUCCAUUGUGUCGUCGAGCGCAGUCCGUGGACCCCCGCGACUACGAGAUUGACGGACUAGUGAAGCGCUUCAAGCGGGCUUACGAAUUCGUAGAACAGGCGCUGGAUGUGGCUCCGUUGGUAGCGAGUCCGAUGCGUCAGAUCCUUGCCGAGGCUUUCGAAGUGGGCAACGCGUACUUAAGAGAGGUAGAAGAUCAGUACGCAGCACUCGCUCCAUUGCCGUCGGCUACGUUUGAAGAGCCUCCGUCUACCAUGAACAAUUUAAAAGUAGAUUUGGAGGCAAAGGUGCCGAAGGAGGAGGUGGAACUGGAGGAACCAGAGCCUCCUGUCAUCUUUGAAAUGGGGGAUAUUGUUGAGAUCCUCCACAGUGAGCAGUGGUACGCGGGUGUCGUGCUGCAACGCAAUGAAGAUACGGGGGUUAGUGACACGUACUCGGUGCUGUGGUGGGUCAAGGACAAGUCUCAGCGGUUUGGCCAACGAACACCUCGCCAUCUCUUACGAGAACCGACCGAAGUUCCUGUCCCCCCUGCGUUGUACGAAUAUGCAGCUGGAGCGUGGCGGACCGCAGCUACUUGGGCGCUUGAGCCGUUCCGGAGGCUACGAUCGCGGUCUGAUGAAGGGUUCAGUGACAGGAAACACACACAGAAAACAAGAAACGUGUUUGGAUUAGAUUAGAUACGUGAAUAGAUUCUGAAAUCUUGAUAUCGUC